AUGGGUUCGCCGAUUUCGGGGUUCAUCGCUGAGGCGGUACUGCAACGGUUAGAGUCGCUGGUCUUCCAACACCACAAACAGAAGUUCUGGGCCCGGUAUGCGGAUGAUACCUUCGUCGUUAUCGAUCGGGAUCAACUGGUGACAUUCAAGGGACUCCUGAAUGCGGUCUUCUCGGACAUACAAUUUACGAUGGCGGAGGAAGAGAACAAACAGCUGGCCUUCCUGGAUGUCCUAAUAUGCCGCAAGGAUUGUGGUGGACUAAAGACCAAAGUGUUCAGGAAAGCGACAAAUACGGUGCAAGUACUGAACUUCAACAGCAACCACCCAAUCAGUCACAAACGCAGUUGUGUAAGGAAGCUCUCUCGGCGUGUUGAAACGCACUGCAGUGAGCCGGAAGACAAGAUUGCUGAACUACAAUACCUCCGACGGGUAUUCAAAGCCAAUGGCUACCCGCGCAACUUUGUCAACCGGUGCAUACGCAAAAGGAACGAAAGGCCUAACCGCACGGACACCAAAGUUUGGCGAGCGCUUCCAUGUGUCAGAAACGUUUCGGAAGCUGUUGGCCGCCUUCUCACACCACUUGGGGUUGGAGUUGCACACAGGCCGGAGGCAGCCAUCAGGCGUCAGUUGAUGAAACCAAAAGACCCACUGCCACGGCAAGAAACGUCUGGAGUCGUUUAUCGGAUCUGGUGCAGUUGCGGACAAAGCAACUACGUCGGAGAAACCGGAAGACAGCUCCGAACGCGAAUGGCCAACCACGCUGCAGCAGUGCGGAGAAAUGACGCCAGCUCUCAAGUCGCGGCUCAAUCGACGGGUUCCGGCCACACAUUCAAAUUUGACGAGGCCUAA